AAUCAGCAGGCGGGAUGGAGAAGUGGGCGGGUACAGGGGUUAUAAGAAGCGUCCCGCAGCCGCGGGUCACCGUGCGCCCCCGCUGCUUACCCAUGGCGUCUACGGUUGGCGCUGCGCUGGUUCUCGCCGUCCUGGCUCAGCUCUCGCCUCUCUUUCUUUGCGCGGCGCCGGCCGGUUUGUCGCGGGUUGGAACUUUCGGUCCUCAUUCUCUUUCCUAUGAUGUCAACAUCAAUCCUAACCUUGCACCUGGACAGCAGUGGUGUACAGUUCAAGCCCAGGUCGAUCAGAAGACCUUUCUCUCCUAUGACUGUGGCAUGGACAAGGUCAAAUCCUUGAGUGCCCUGGGAGGGAAGGUGAAUGCCACAGUCACCUGGGAAGAGCAGAACACCGCACUGAGAGAUAUGGGGCAAAUGCUAAAACAGAAACUGGCUGACAUUAAAGCAGAAAAUCCCAGGGCCAGGGAUCUCCUCACCCUGGAGGGCAGGAUGUCCUGUGCGCGAAAAUCCAGUGGUUGUACCAGUGCUUCCUGGCUGCUUGGCUUCAAUGGACAGAUGUGGCUCUACUUUAACUCAGACAGCCAACGGUGGACAGAGGUUUCUCCUGGGUCCAACUGGAUGAAGGAAAUGUGGAAAAAUGAUAGGGAUAUGACCGAGUUCUUAUACAGGUCUUCGAUGGGUGACUGUAAAACCUGGCUUAAGAAGUUCUUGGAGCAAUGGGAGGAAGAGCUGGAGUCCCCAGGACCCUCAAGCAUGAGCCCAGACAGAGUCUUUGAGGGGUCCACAGCCAGCAAACAUGUUCCUUCGAUCCUACUGCUUAUCCUUAUCUACUUCAUCCUCCUGGCCCUCUGUUGAAGAUGCUCCCAAGAAACUUCUGAAAAUGUGAUUCAGUUCCGUAACUCUCCUGGUUGGUCUUCUGUCAGUCUACCACCUGCUAUUCCUCCAUAGAGCAAAUGAAGAUUGAACUGCAAAUCCAGAGGCUUCCAGAUGUCAGUCAGACUUUCCCACACAGCCUGGAGCUCUUCUGCUUAUUCAGGUCUAGGCAGGAUUUGGAAGAGACAGUAUACUUCACUUCUGGGAAUACCAUGAGCCCAUACCCUACUUCUGCAAGAGUUGGACCAUCUGAUUGCUGUUUUCUCUCUCCUGUCCAUUGUAGCAACAACACUUGCCUUUCCUUUGCCACCCAUUGGCCUCUGCCACCCCAGGAUCUGGUUACCUCCGUGAAGAUCCUGUAACAUCAACUUCAACUUCCAGCUCUUUAUUCUGUUUUAUGAUAUUCCAAUUCUGCCCUUUAUGUUAACGUGUUAGGCCAUGUCCUUUGCUAACCUAUGGAAUCUCCUCUUAGCCUCUGACUGCUACAACAAGAAAUCCAAGAUACCAUCUUGUUCAUGUGCAAUCAAAUACUUCUCUGUACCUUGAGCUGCCCUUUGUAUAGUUUGGAUCUGGAAUGUCCCCCAAAGAUUCACAUGCUGACUAUGGUGUUUUUAAAUGUGAUGCGCUCUUCAGGAGAGGAGGCAUAGGGUCACUCUUUGAAGGGCUAUUUAUGUCCCAGGCCCCUUCCUUUCCCCACCUUCUCUUUUUAAAAAGAAUAAAUUAUUUAUCAUUGCUACCAUAAGGUGAGGAAUCUCCUCUGCCACGGCUGCUACUGCCAUGAUACUCUGCCUUCCUCAAAAGCAAUGCAGUCCACCAAACUUGGACUAAAUCUUUUGAAACAGUGAGCCAAAACUUAAUCUUUCCUCCGUCAGGUUACUGUCUCCAGAUGUUUUGUCACAGUGAUGAAAAGCUGACUAAUGCUAUCUCGAUGUGCAAUAUUCUCUGUAAGUACCAUGGCAGACAUCAUUGUUAACUUCAGGGACUCUUUGUGUAUUUUAUUGCAUAUAAA